CUGGUCUCUGCUUUGCACAGCCUCACCAGGCACGUCGUCUAUCGCGGCUGGACCAGGGCAGAAGAUAUCCUCGCUCUCUUUCCAGAAAACUUCCACCAAAACCUGAAAAACCUUUUGACUAAGAUCAUCUUGGAGAACGUCUCUGCUUGGAGGAGUGAAGCCCAAGCAAGUCAGAUCUCCCUGCCUCGCCUGGUCGACGUGGACUGGAGGGUGGACAUCCAGACAGCUUCAGACAGCAUCAGCAGGAUGGCAGUCCCCACCUGCCUGCUCCAGUUAAAGAUCCAGGAAGAUGUUGCCUUAUGUGGAGAUAACCCUGUUGUUUCUGCACUGACUGUGGAGCUGAGCAAAGAGACCCUGGACACCAUGCUGGAAGGUCUGGGAAGGAUCAGAGACCAACUUUCAGCUGUUGCAAACAAAUGA